AAAUGUUGACAAGCAAAUCUAAGCAUUAUUGCAUGGCAUUGAACUGUGCUUUUUUAUACCCGUAAAUAAUCACUGCCCCACCUCUGCAAUCAAAAUGGUUUUAUUUAUAUAUAAAAAUAUUUAUUUUAAUUAACUUUUGUAAAACGUUGAGCGAGUGUAGACAUAUGUGUUAGUUUUUAAUACUGUACAUACAUCGUUGUGACAUGGUUGUGUUCAGCAGUUAAUGAAAGAGACCGUUUGCGUGCUUUCGGGAGCAUUAAGCUAAGUUUUUUGAACUAGCACUGACCUGAGCAUUUAUAAACACUGUCUGCAGGAUGGUGAGCUUGCAUGAUGUGUCAGUCUUUAGCCUGCAAUGUACUGUACUUUGAUCGAUGAGAGAAUAUCUUUGAAAACAUUUACUGCCCGUUUAUCGGUUCUGAAUCGUGUGAAUCUUAAAAAGAAAGUUUGUUUUGUGUUGUAGAAAAGCACUUGAUAACUAAGUAGAAUGUUGGGGUCAGGUGAUUUUCUAUUAAGAGAAGAAACUGACAAAACGGACAGGUCAGACAAACUUUUACUGCAGCACAAGGAUAAGUAAUUGUUUGUGUGUAUGUUAGCUGUGUAGCGGUUUUGGCCAUGACGCCAUCACUAUACUAUGUAAUUGUUUAACCCUUUAAUGUACCUCUGGUGUUAAUGGCAUAUUAGGACCACACAUAUUUGGAUGCUGACCUCAACAAAAAUGCUUUUUCUUUCAGCCAGAGAUACCAGUUGGUACAAGCAUUCUCAUCCAAAAAAUGGGACAAGACAGGGACAGAUUCUUGAGGACAGUAGCAACAGAAUGUCCUGCUGUCUCAAAGCUCCCUAGCAUGUCCAUGACUGUCACCAAGUAUUCAGUCAUCUGUUUAGCCAUCCUUAUAUCUUUUUUCUUAGUCUUAUACCAAUCCUCUCUAAACUUUGAACACAAAGUUGCCAUCCGGUCCCUAAUCUCACAUUCUCCAGAUCUGUCCCUUAUCUUCAGGACUAAGUACGCUUCCACAAACUCAGGGACUGUGGAGAAGUUCCCUGAGCUGGAGGAAAGUGUAGGGCAGCAGUGCAGUGCUUCUCCGGAGAGCAGGUUUGACUGUGCCCCAGAUAAGCCAGUGAGCAAACAGGAGUGUGAGACUCGGGGGUGCUGCUAUGUACCCCUAUCGCGGCAGGGGCCCUGGUGCUUCUACCCACCCUCUUACCCCAGCUACUCCAUGGGCAAGCUCAUCCCGACCAAGAGAGGGCACACUGCCAACCUCACCCGCUUCUCCAAGUCAUUCUUCCCCAAAGACAUCAUGACUGUGCAGCUGGAGGUGAUGUUGGAGACAGAGGGGAGGCUGCACUUCACGCUGAAAGACCCUGUAGUGAAGCGCUACGAGGUUCCGCUGGACGUCCCGCAGGUGGAGGGUCAGGCUGCGACCCCUCUCUACACGGUGGAAUAUUCGGAAGAGCCGUUUGGCAUCAUCAUCCGGAGGGCAUCCAACGGUCGCGUCCUACUAAACACCACAGUGGCCCCCCUUUUCUUUGCUGACCAAUUCCUCCAGAUCUCUACCUCCUUGGCCUCCCCACACAUCUCUGGCCUGGGGGAGCACCUCACCAACCUGACCAUUGACCUCAACUGGACCACAGUCACCUUCUGGAACCGAGACACAGCACCACAUAGUGAUGCCAACCUAUACGGCUCUCACCCUUUCUACCUGGUCCAGGAGGGCGAUGGCUUGGCACACGGUGUGUUCCUGCUUAACAGUAAUGGGAUGGACGUUGUUGUCCAGCCUGCACCUGCCCUGACCUGGAGGACGAUCGGGGGGAUAUUUGACUUUUAUGUCUUUUUGGGGCCUGAUCCAAAGAGUGUCAUCCGGCAGUACCUGGAUGUUAUAGGGUACCCCCUGAUGCCCCCCUAUUGGGGACUGGGUUUCCAUCUCUGUCGUUGGGGUUACUCUUCCACCAACGUGACCCGCAGCGUCGUGGAGAGCAUGCGAAAGGCCAACUUCCCACUGGAUGUGCAGUGGAACGACAUAGACUACGCGGACGGCAGGAGAGACUUCACUUACAACCAGCAGAACUUCGGAGACUAUUCUCAGAUGGUGCAGGAGUUCCAUGAGAAAGGCAUGAAGUACGUCAUGAUUGUGGACCCUGGCAUCAGCAGCUCAGGGCUCCCCGGCUCCUACAAGCCCUUUGACGAUGGCCUGAAAAGAGGAGUGUUCAUUUUGAACCAGACUGGGCAGCCACUGAUCGGAAAGGUCUGGCCCGGCCCGACAGCUUUCCCUGAUUUUACCAACCCAGAGACUCACCGCUGGUGGUACGACAAUGUGAAGGAGUUCCAUGAUAAAGUGCCCUUUGACGGAAUGUGGAUUGAUAUGAACGAGCCUUCAAACUUUGUCAUGGGAUCACUGCAUGGCUGCCCCAGCAAUGAAUUGGAGAAUCCUCCCUAUGUCCCAGGAGUGGUAGGGGGAAGUCUCAAGUCGAAGACUCUCUGUGCCUCCAGCUCCCAGCACCUCUCCUCACAUUACAACUUGCACAACCUGUAUGGACUAACCGAGGCCAUUGCUUCACAUGAUGCUCUGAUUAAAGUCCGUGGAAAGCGUCCCUUUGUGAUUUCACGCUCCACCUUUUCCAGCCACGGGCGCUACGCUGGCCACUGGACAGGUGAUGUUCAGAGCACCUGGGAGCAACUCCGCUAUACAGUACCCGCCGUGCUCCUCUUUAACCUGUAUGGGGUGCCCCUAGUUGGGGCUGAUAUCUGCGGGUUCGAGGGUAACACCUCGGAGGAGCUGUGCGUGCGCUGGACACAACUGGGGGCCUUCUACCCCUUUAUGAGGAACCACAAUGACCGGCCCAACACGCCCCAGGAGCCGUUUGUGUUCAGCGAGAAGGCCCAGGACGCAAUGAGGAAAGCCAUGAUCCUGCGCUACUCUCUCCUGCCGUUCCUGUACACGCUGUUCCACAGAGCGCAUGUCGCUGCCCAGACUGUCACCAGGCCCCUCUUCCUCGAGUUCCCCUCGGAUGUGAAUUCCCACACAGUGGACCGUCAGUUCAUGUGGGGGGAGGCUCUGCUCAUUAGUCCAGUGUUGGAGCCCAACGUGACAGAACUGACUGCCUAUCUCCCCCCCUCGACCUGGUAUAACCUGCAUGACGGCUCUGCUAUCCACAGUAAGGGACAGUACCUGAUUCUGCCAGCACCUUUAGACACUAUCAACGUCCAUGUACGGGAAGGACACAUCGUACCACAGCAAGUUCCAGGAUUUACAACUUCGCAGUCCCGCAGUAACCCUUUCUGUCUGACGGUGGCACUGUCCGGAGAGGGCUCUGCGCGGGGGGAGCUGUUCUGGGAUGACGGAGACAGCCUGCAGACCUUCGAGACAGGAGACUACACUCACAUCCUCUUCCUCGUCAAUCGAAACAUGCUGGUGAGUGAGCUUCUGAGUCUGAGCAGUGCGAUUGAUGGGCUCCAGCUGGAGCAGGCCUGGGUGUUCGGAGUAUCCUCUCCUCCUCGGGAGGUGCUUGUUAACGGGCAGACCAGCGCAGUCUUCUCCUACCGUUCCGACACCAAGGUCCUGAGUUUGCCUAAAUUAUCUUUACCGAUGGGAGAAAGCUUUACAAUCCUGUGGCGAUAACGACAAUCACUUCUAGUUACAAAUGAAUUGCAAUGUAUAAGCCUCAGAUACCUGCUGGAACAGGUAAUAAUGAGUUAUUUUAAAGAAUGCUUGGUGUCUCUGCUUAAUUACAUCUAAAGAUCCCAUAUAAGUGGAUUCACCAUUAAAGGUAUCUCGCGAAUGUGGUGAGGCAAUUCAAAAGGCAAAUACAAUAGGCUAUAUUGCGAAAGGCGUGGAAUACAAGUCUAGAGAGGUUAUGCCAAGAUUAUACAAUGCCCUAGUUAGACCCCACAUAGAAUAAUGUGGGCCGUUUUGGUUACCUCACUAAAAAAAAGGCAUCAUUGCACUAGAGAAGAUACAGAGAAGGGCAACUAGGCUGAUCCCAAGACAGUGACAUGAGCGAUGAGAAAAGUUUAAAAGAAUUGAAUCUCUUCAGCCUAGACAAAAAGAAGGAAAGAGCGGACUUGAUUGAUGUCUAUAAAUUCAUAAAUGGUGCAGAUGAAUCACCCUGGACUGCAUCUAUUGUCCCACGGUUAAAAAUACAUGGUUGAUCCAGGUGGAAUCCUCUGUGCCAUAAAAUGCUCAGAAAAUCCAGCUGUGACUUAUCCCAGCACCUUUUAUGUUACUGACAACUGUAAUGUGUUACGCCUCCAUGCCUGGCAGGGGAAAUCUUUAAAUGAGCCGAGGGUUCCUAUUACAGUUAGGUCAAUCUGUCCAUUCAGAAAACAGAUGCACAGGGACACAAGAAAAAAAGAGCUGUAUAAGUUUAUUGUUGGGAAGCAAAACAUUGGAGCUGAACAUUUGUACACAAAACCUUUCUGCAACAUGCAUCACGUUUAUCACCUGCACAGGAUAUUCCUUAGCAAAAAAAGUCUGAAAUGGUUCUCUGGUUUAUGCUGUCGUUUCUCUUCUUCCGAGCAAAGUCAAUCAUGGACUUGAACUGUAACAGCCUCUCCGGUUCCAGCUUGCGUGGCGUUUUAAACCAGCGCAGGGCAGUCUCCAAAGAGGAGAUGAUUUCAAACUCCCAAGUAUUUUUGUGUAAAACCCCACUUGACAAUUCUAUGUGGAUACAUUUCUAUAUAAAGAUAUAAUACGAAUAGAAAUCCACUACUCUGAUACAUACAUUAGAUUCAAUGUUAAGGAUGAAAACUGUAACUAUAAAGCAAAUAGUCAAACCUGUGUAUCUCUUUUGUGAUCACUCACAAGAAUCCCUGUCUAAAGUGCACCUUUCCCAUGUUAAGUUAUCUGUAUAAAGACAUGUCUAUAAAGAUUGUUUGUAGAUGAUACUUUUAUAGUGGGCUUUACAAGCAGCUUUCACUCUGCUACUCUUUCAGAUUUUUUUUUUCUUUUAUAUAAUGUUCCUCACUUCUGUUAAAACUGUUGUUUUUGUAUUUGAAAUUAUUUUAUUUCAUGAAAAAUAAAAAAAUACAAUUUCUCCUGUGA